AUGGAUGUAAGCAUAUACUUAUUUUUUCUCAUUUUGUUUUUACAGAGAGACACCAAGGGACAGUUUCUUAUAGACCAUGUCUGCAAUCACUACAGUUUGCUGGAGAAAGAUUACUUUGGCAUACGAUAUGUUGACACAGACAAACAGCGGCACUGGCUAGAGCCCAACAAGUCCAUUGUUAAGCAGAUGAAAUUUCAGCCACCAUAUACCAUGUGCUUCAGAGUGAAAUUUUACCCUCAUGAGCCUUCAAAGAUUAAGGAAGAGCUCACCAGGUAUCUUUUAUAUCUGCAGCUUAAAAGAGAUAUUUUCCAUGGUCGGUUGCUUUGCUCCUUUUCUGAUGCUGCAUACCUGGGUGCCUAUAUUGUUCAAGCUGAAUUGGGAGACUACGAUCUUGAUGAACACAGAGAUGAUUAUAUCAGUGAAUUCAAGAUUUUUCCAAAGCAGUCUCAAAAACUUGAAAGAAAAAUAGCAGAAAUACAUAAAACAGAACUGAGAGGCCAGAGCCCAGCUGUGGCUGAAUUUAAUCUGCUACAAAAAUCUCAUUCUUUGGAAACCUAUGGGGUUGAUCCUCAUCCUUGUAAGGAUUCAACAGGAGCUACUGCUUUUUUAGGAUUCACUGCCAGUGGAGUUGUAGUUUUCCAGGGAAACAAAAGAAUCCAUCAGUUAAAAUGGGCUGAUGCCAGCAAGUUGAAAUUUGAAGGGAAGACAUUUCAUGUGGUUGGACUUCAGAAAGAGAAGAAAGUCGUCCUAACAUACCAUGUUUCUACACCAGCUGCUUGCAAGCACCUUUGGAAAUGUGGGGUAGAGAACCAAGCAUUUUACAAGUAUACAAAAUCAAGUCAGAUCAAGACUGUGUCCAGCAGUAGCAUAUUUUUCAAAGGAAGUCGCUUUCGUUAUAGUGGAAAAGUUGCUAAAGAAGUUAUUGAAGCAAGUUCUAAAAUUGAGAGAGAUCCCCCUGAAGUGCACAGGUUCAGUGUUGCUCACAGUCGCAGCUCGCAGUCAUUAGAUAAGCAUCUGAUAAUGAAUAUUGAACCUUUGCAGCCCCAGCUGCCAUCCCCAAGUGAAUCUGAAGACAUCAGAGAUGGAUUGAAUCCGUUAAGGCAGAGCAGUGAAUGUUCUUCACCAGUGAAAGGAACUGCAUCUGAUGGAGACUCGGGUGAAACAUAUGAGGUCAACAGUGCAGAAGAAGACCCAGUAAAAGAAGAACCACUAACCAUUUCAGAACUGGUCUACAGUCCAAGUGCUAGUGGACUGCCUACUCCUGUUGAGGAUGGAGGGAUUGACAUGCUUUUUGCUAGUUCUACAAGACCGGAGAAAGAACGAGAGAGAGAUGAGACUGAUUCAUAUGAGGAAACAGAAGCAGAUGAAAGUGUGUUUUUGACUGCAGAAGAAGAGGAGAUGAAAGAAGUUCAGAGGGUGCUCACCUGGAGUUAUAAUGCACUGACAGGCAACAGCCAGCUGAAUGCAAUCCUUAAGAGUUUUACAAGACUUUUACUGGUCACUCUGGGGCUGCUGCUGUUUGUGUUCCCACUUCUUCUAAUUCUGUUAGAGUCUGACAUUAAUGUCUCAUUUCUUCAUGAGAUCCGUCAGACACCAGAAUUUGAGCAGUUUCACAAUGAAUUCUACUGUCCUCUGAGGCAGUGGAUCAGCUGCAAAUUAAACUUUAUUUUCAGCAAGUUUAGUGGCUGUUAAACUCUAAAUUCUGAAAGCAAAUGUUCAGAGCUGUGUUCCAAAUUCUGCAGACUGUAGCACAUGCAGUACACCCAGGAGUUGUCCAGUGAAAGAAAUGUGGGUUAUAGUAACACUUUUAAGUUAAGGAGAUUACUCAUGAAAUGAACUUCACAGCAUCUGCAAAAUACUUGGAGAUUUUGGGCACAGCCUCGGCAUUAGCAGUUUCUUCAACCGCAGCCUAUACAAGCAAUGUCCUUUAUGCUGGUCUAAAUGGUCUUAUUUUCAUUUUUUUUUUACAUUUUUAUGUGGGUAAAAUUUUUUCUGAAAAUUUUCUGAAAUUUUUUAAGCAAAAAAUUUUAAAUGAAUUAUUUAUUGUACAGAUGAGCAGAAUUAAUGCACAAGGGCAGGUCUGGAUUUUUAAAGUAAUUUUCACACUAAUUUUCUUCUGAUAUGUAAAACUUAUUAGAAAAUUGAUGAAACAGCACAUUCUUUAGAAUUUGUUUGCUGGAUUACACAGGGAAUAUUUCUUAUACAAUAGCUUCUUCAGUUUAUACUUCUCUGAUAUAUAAUAACUUUUGGGUACUAGUCAAUUAAGUGAUAGUCCAAUGGUUUAAGAUUCUCUGGCAGUAUGCUUUUAACACCCCCACACUUCUUGCAAGAACACUGAUUGACCAUCUGGAAUGCCAGUCACUCUUUCUAAUGAAAGUGUCAACCCAGAAUGCAUUGAUAGAAAUGCCAGUUCUUGUAGAUGGUUUAGAGAUGUAAGUCCAUCUAGUCUAUCUCGAAUAAUUGUAUUAUUUUCUUUCAAAGGAUAACCUCUAAACUCAGUCCUUACUCUCUGGGAGUAGGUGAGUAAAUUUAUUGCCUCUUCAUAGUAUGCAACCUUGUAUAUUAAAAUCAUGAUAGAAUACUGGAUUUUAAUAGUUUGAAUAAAAUGUAAAGAUUCUGAGAAGAACUAUUUUUUCAGGAAGAAGUUUUCUAAUAGUCUUGACAUUUGUCUUUCUUGUUUGUCUUAGUUAAAGUAAAAUUUUAUUUUUGGGUAUCAUAUAAGCUGCUAAUUCCCCACAAUCACUUUUCUAAGUGGCAGUAUAAAGACACCUCUAAUAUUUAUUAGGCUAUGUGUAUGAUAUCUUAAUUAUUUCAUCUGAUCUUGGGGUAUUUGCAUGUUUCAUAAUUUUACUUAGCAUAUUUCCACACUAAAAAGUUGCAGGCAACAUUUCUGUAAAAGAGACAGGUUGCUAAGAUAAUUUUUCUGAGUAUAUAUUCAUGUAACUUGAGGCGUUAUGUUUUGACACAGGAAGUUGUCUGUUUGUUUGAUGUACAGGAAGUAUACCACUU